GCGGAACCUGAGGUGAAAGUGGGUGGGGAACUGCCACAGACAUAAUAUGAUAACAACGCUUGGAUCUUUUCUUUUUGAGGAGCAGGUCAGUGCAAGAAAAGAACAAAACAAGUCCAGUUGAGUUUGGAAGUGCGCUGGAUUUGAAGGCUAACUCCAAGAAUGCCGAGUUUAGGAGCAAAGAAGAAGGACAAUGUGUCCAGAAUGGAGAGAUUCAUUGAGGACUUGCCACAGCUUAGCAACGAAAUGCAGCUGAGCAUCAUGCAUAAAGUGAAAACUGGAGAGUUGUCCAUCGACGACGCUCUGGAACUGGCCAGGAAGGACCGGGACCGGUUAACCAAACUGCAGAGUUCCCCUGACGAGGAGGAGCUUCCUUCACAGUACAACUUCAGUGUGCACAAGCAUGGACGCUACAGAUGGAAGAAGCGCGUUCUUCAGAUGGAUUUCACCACCAAAAUGCUGUGCACGAUUGAGAAAGGCAUCAUCAAGCGCCAACUUCCCUUUGUUAUGGUCAAGAGUUGUGAUGAUGGAGUCGGUUCCAGAUUCUCUAUUUCAUUCAAAGGCCACAAUGAUUACGAACUGGAGGCUACUUCAGUGGACGAUAAGCACAAGAUAAUGCAGCUUGUUAACCAGAUCAUUUAUGGAAACAUCUACAGUCAUGCUGAGGGGGGCAGUGCAGGGACACAGCAGCUGCCUCAAGCACCCCAAACCCUCCGGGAAGGUGUCCUUAUGCUGCACAGAGGCGGACUGGCUUCUUUCCGAUGGGUCAAAUAUGAGGUCCAGCUGCACCCUGGCCAACUAACCCUGGUGCCCUUCAGUCGGCGAGCCACCGCCGAGGGCGACUUGAUGUCCUCGACGCCUGUAAGCACUGUGAUCCAUCUGUCGGACGGCGACACCAGUGUCCAGAAACGUCACCGUGCCGAUACCUUUACCCUUGUCACUCGUAAAAAUGAAUACGACUUCAGAGUGCCCCCAUCGUGUCAGCCACUUCCUGGUGCUGUGCAAACAGAGCGAGAUGCUUGGGUCCAUGCCAUCAGCAAGUUGUGUUCAGACUGGAAAAGAAAGUCCAAGAGUGAGUGUAUGAUUGCGGGCAGCGACAGCCUCCGGCAUCUCAGCAUAGCAGAAGAUGCAGGAGAGGACAAUAACAGCUCUGACGUCGAGUCUCCUGGUGAGGAUGUUUAUGAAGAUCCAAAUUUGGCUGAGGAACCAAGUUCCUCCUCAGCAGUUCCUGAUGUUCCCACACAGAUCGCCCCUGAUCCUAACCCCUCCCACCCUGGUCCCCCACCCUCUAACACAAACCCUCCAAACCAUCUAGAAGAAUCCUUAGGGGGAAAAGUUCCUUCCAGCAAGACAAUCCCACUACCCCCACCUUUACCCCCCCUCAAGUUAAACAUCAGUCCAAGAAAGAACCGCACCAAGGCUUUUCACUGGGACCUAGUUGGACCUGACAAGAUUAUGAAAUCAUUUUGGGGAAAAGACAGCCAGCAAAGGCUUGAAGUGGACACAAGGCGUUUGUACAUGCAGUUCUCUGUGAAAAACGUGGGGUCCUUUGCAGCACCGGAGCCCAGCGGUACACAACACAUCAUGCUCAACCAGAAGAUUGCACACAACUUCAACAUUUUCCUCAAAAGCUUUGCGGUGCAGCCCGCCGAGCUGAAGGACAAACUGUUCAUCAUUAACGAGGAGGACGGAGGCCUGUCUGACGAGCACAUCACAUCUCUGAGGAGGUAUGUUCCCACUCUGGAGGAUGUGGAGAUGUAUAAAUCCUACAAAGGACCAGUGAGUGAGCUACAUAUUGUGGACCAGUACAUGAUGGAGAUGUGUGACAUUCCCUACCUGAGCACACAACUAGACCUGCUGCUGACCCUGAGAGAGCUUCCCAUCAGCAUGAGGGACCUACAGCCUCUGAUUGGCCAGAAGAUUGCAAUGUCUGCAGAGCUGCAAACCUGCAGGUCAUUCGUUGCCGUGCUGGAGUACCUGCUGGCCAUCGGCAAUUACCUCAAUGAGAAUGCCGGAAAGAAAAAGGCCAAGGGAUUCCGCCUCUCAGCGUUAGCUAAACUGUCGCAGCUUCGCGGUAGAGAGCCGACGUUCACCUUGCUCCAUGCCCUUGUGGAGCAGAUCAUGUUACACGAGCCGGUAUUGGCCAACUUUACUAACGAGUUGGCGGAAUUUGAAGCGGUCCCAGGAGCUUCUGUCAAAGGCCUAACUGCUGAGGUAGAUGUCCUGAAAAAUGAACUGCAAAAAGUCAUCCAGUACGGCAAAACUUCCAAGAAGAGAAAUGUUGGGGCGCAUCAUGCACAAUUCAGCAAAGACCUGAAGGUGGCUGUGGAGAAAUACAACACAGAGCUUUUGGACUUGAUGAGGUCUUGCGAGGAGAUGAAAAAGCUCUACUCUGGCAUUUUGGUGAAGUUUGGAGAGGCGGCUGACCAGGACUCUCAGGAGCUCUUUGGCUUCAUCUGUCAAUUCAUCCACGACUUCAAGAGGGCCCGCGCUGAGGUUAUAUAGAUGGCAAUGGAAAUUAGAAUUUAUUCUCUAUACAUGACAAGAAUAUCAACCAUUUGGUUUCUGUUCCUGUUUUCCAGCAUUUUUAAAUCAAGCAAUCAGAUGGUGAAAACUCAUUCUGUCAAAUAAUGGAAAUAGAAACCAUGUGUUUUCAAUUCCACACUGUAAAACCUUAAUUAAACAUACAAACAAUAUUUUAAUUACCAAGACUGCAAUACAAGUGUAUGAAGGGAUACGAAUGCAUGUCUUGGCGCCGACAAAAAAAAAAUCCUAUUUGUGUUUGUUUGUCCAUCUGUUUGUUAGUUCGCAGACAUCUUCCUGGUUCAUGCGUGACGAUGAGCAGCUGGGCAGUGCCAUUAUAAUUUUGGGGGUAAUGCCAUAGAUACUCAAAUGGGGAAAAUGAAUUCUUGCACCACCCUCUGCAGUUUUGUAUUUUUUUUGGUGUAAUUUUGCUAAAUAUUCUAUUAAUGUCCACAUGACUGAAAACAAUACAACUAGUGUUGAGACUACUGUCUGACUUGGUUUAAAAGAAGGAAAUAGUUUACUUAAAUUCUUGCAUAAACCACCACUUCAUUCAUGUGUUUUGGGUAUUAUGCUGUGUCUUUUGAUGGCCAUUUUGCACUUCAGGAAAGUGGGACGGUUGUUGGCUGCGUUUAAAUGGACUGUAUUUGGAGUACUAUUGAAUGAAUAAAUGAUGUGUUUCUGAGAUAAA